AUGGCAAGUUCUAUUGGAGGAAGUGAGAGGGCAACACCGGAGACGAUUCCGAAACCGAUUGCGCAUCCGCCGAAAGAUCUCGAAUCAAUAGCCCACAUGGACUCCUCCCUAAUUUUCGAACACUUCACCACAUCCGACGCCUGGAUCCUCGGGUGCGCGCUCCGCGAACGCUUACUCCCACACCCCACCCCCGUCGUCAUAUCCAUCUCCCUCAGCAACGCCAACCAAAUACUAUUCCACUGCUGCACACACAGCGGAACCAUGCCCGAUAAUGAUUCGUGGGUCGCGCGCAAACGCAAAACGGUGUUGAGGUGGGGAGUUAGUACGUGGUAUAUGUGGUGUAAAUUUGAAGGGGACGAGGUGGCGUUCGCGCGCAAAUAUGGGUUGGGGAAUGAGGGGGGUCAGUAUGCUAUACAUGGGGGUGGGGUGCCCAUUAGAGUUACGGGGGUGGAGGGGGUGGUUGCUUGUGUGGUGGUUAGUGGGUUGAAGCAGUGGGAGGAUCAUGGGGUCAUUGUGGAGGUUAUUAGGGAUUUGUAUUAUUGA